CUAAUUGACUAUUUAAAAAUGUUGUUUAAGGACGCGGAGGUUCCGCUGGGAACAAGUUCAGGAUGUCACUGGGUUUGCCAGUGGCGGCCACAGUUAACUGUGCCGAUAACACUGGUGCAAAGAACCUUUACAUCAUUUCAGUGAAGGGUAUCAAGGGAAGGCUUAACAGGUUGCCUUCAGCUUGCGUGGGUGACAUGGUCAUGGCCACUGUCAAGAAGGGUAAGCCUGAUCUGAGGAAGAAGGUUAUGCCUGCUGUCAUUGUUCGUCAGCGCAAGCCAUGGCGCCGAAAGGAUGGUGUUUUCAUGUACUUUGAAGAUAAUGCUGGUGUAAUUGUGAACCCCAAGGGUGAAAUGAAGGGUUCUGCUAUUACUGGUCCUAUCGGAAAGGAGUGUGCUGAUCUGUGGCCCAGGAUUGCAAGCGCUGCCAACGCUAUCGUGUAGUUUUGAAUUGGGUUUUUUCCAGGAUCGCCAACACUACUAGUCUUAAAUUUGUGUUUUUCUGAAUAGUGUUCCAUUUUAACUUUUUGGAUAUUUGAGGGAUUUUUGUCUUGGGUAAAGAACUAUUACUGCAGCUGGCUAAUGAGAAUUUCGCAAAUUUUCUAUUU